UUACAUAGUUGUUCCCUGUGAACGUUAUCAAUACCAAUUAAGGCGUAGAACCUUUGAAAGGCUGUCCAAUACUUAUAUGGCUCACCGCCUUGCCGUGUCACUUGUCGAGCUCUAGCUCAGGGGUGGACAUGGACAUCCUUCGAUCGGUACAAAGCAAUCUCGAGCUCUUAAAUCUUGUAGACCAUUCAACAUUGUGACAGGACCAGAAUACAGAAGUCCCUUCAAAUAUCUUUUCCAGUGUCAUGUCCCCUUCAGCUGUUGACGCCGUCCAUAUCGACAAGUGUAUGAACUAUGACGAUGUUGCAUGGGAAAGAAGCGACAAUGUGUUUGAAACUUGGAGAGUUACGCUUUACCAAGAAAACGUACUUCGAGAAAUCGGCCGUUUGAUAGACCAGUGGAGAGGUGGCCUUCCCGAAGAAUUGUUUGCUCCAAAACGUGGAGCGUUCAAUGCUUGGCUCCGGAUGAAGUUCAAAGAUGGAGGUUCCGCCAUUAUUCGAUUCCCUUGUCCGGGUGCUUCGAUGUUCCCAGUAUUCCUGUACCGCACGUUCUUCAUUACGGUAUGACCGAAGAGAGCCCAGGAGGAUUUUAGGCCCUUUCAUUAUCAUGGAAUACAUCGACAACGCGGUUAACCUCAUCGACGUCCUCGAAAAACCAGGACUAUCGCCUGACGACCGAGCGGUUUUGGACCCGAAUAUCUCCAAAGAAACACUCGAGUGGACAUAUAGCCAGAUGGCCGAUAUAAUGCUUCAGCUAUCUAAACACUCGUUUGCACAGAUUGGUUGUAUUGCCAAGGCCAAGGAAGAUGAUGACUUUGAUGAUCAGUGGAUUGUAAAGCAUCGCCCGUUGACCUUCAAUAUGAACGAACUUGUUCAAUUGGGGAACUUCCCUCCACAUCUCCUUCCCCAGCAUGCGUUCCAAACUUCUUCCUCUUAUUAUCAGGCGCUUGCGGAGAUGCAUAUGAAUCACCUCUCUACCCAACGCAACGAUGCAAUCGAGUCGGCCGGGGAUUGCCGGCGAAAGUAUAUUGCACGAUGUUUAUUCCGCAAGCUUGCACGCGAGCAUCGAUUGUGCCGCCAGGAUUCUGGCUCUUUUAGACUUUUUUGCGACGAUUUCCGCCCAGGGAAUGUUCUUGCAAAUGCUGAACUUCACGUGGUCGGGGCGGUCGACUGGGAGUUCUCGUACGCAGCACCGGUUGGGUUUGCGUACAGCCCACCAUUCUGGCUGCUACUGGAGCUCCCGGAGUUUUGGCCGGAAGGUCUCCAGGACUGGGCCCAACACUAUGAAAAACGCUUGGAAACGUUUCUCGGUGUCUUGAAACAACGAGAGGAUGUGGCAAUCAAUCGAGGAAUUCUGACCGAGGAACACCGACUUUCGAACCACAUGAGGGAAAGCUGGGAGAGUGGGGAUUUUUGGGUCAAUUACGCAGCUCGAAAAAGCUGGGCGUUUGACAUGGUAUACUGGGCGAAAAUUGAUAAGAGAUUCUUUGGCGAUGGAGAUCUUGAAGAUCGUCUGCAGCUCUUAACUGAAGAGGAAAGAGAUCACAUGGAUGGAUUUAUAUGGAGGAAGCUUGCCGAGAAAAAAGAGCGUACGUUGACGGAUUGGUCAGAUAUAGAAGCUACACGCAUCGCAACGGGACGAACAUAGGACAUCUAUUAGUUACAUGGCGCAUGCAAUAGGAAUCGCUUGCAGUGCGGUAACACUUUUGCGGUAUCUCCAGAUUUGGUAGGAAUAACUGGCUGUGAACAUCCUGCAAGCACAUUUAUUGAGGGCAUCGCGUGCAGCUCGUACAGAUGGAUACCUUGCAGAGAAGAAGUCGGAUAGAAAGGUUCGCGCGCUCAUCAAAGUCCAAGCGGUUCUUUCUUAUUUAUUUAUUCUGAUUUCUCGG